AUGGUCAUGUUACGCAAGACAUUCGUUCUUUCCUCUGUAAUCGCGGCUGCCUUGGCCCAGGGCGAUGACACACUCCCUGAUUUGAUUACCUUGAUUAACCAAACACAUGGAUUCUCCUACCUCAACACGUACAUCAAUACCUAUCCAGGGGUGAAAGACUCCGUGGCGGGGCUAACAAAUAUAACUGUUUUGGCACCUAGCGAUACCGCAAUUUAUGAAUUUUUCGAGGACCCGCGAUUCGAGAGUCUUGAGGCUGGGGGGGAAGCUUACUUUCAGACCUUGAUCUCCUACCACAUACUUGAAGGGGUUCAUGACAACAUCACAGACUGGCUCCAGUACAGUACCCAUCUGACUUCGCCUGAAUACACCAAUGUCACGGGUGGUCAAGUCGUGUUCGGUUACUAUGACGACCAUGGAUUCCAGCUCGGGUUCUACUCUGGCGCGGACAUAUAUGCAAAUGCCCCUCCCCUACCCAUCCCUUUUAAUGGAGGGAUUGUAUACCCAAUUAACAAUAUCUUAAAUAUUCCCGCUAGCCUGACUAAGGAGGUUUCUGGGGAUUAUAAUGGAACAUCUUUUAUUGAGGCUCUCAAUAGAACCGGGUUGAGGGAUGAAGUCGAGCUUCUUAAGGACACUACCUUCUUUGUGCCAAACAACGCCGCCUUCGAAUCCGUCGAACAGAGUCUCUCAGAACUCUCUACUGAGGAUUUAGCUAAAGUACUCCAAUACCAUGUCGUCCCCGGUAUAAUUGCUUACUACAACACGCUGGUGAACGGCACUACCCUGACCACAUUGCAGGGUCAGGAGUUGACGGUCUUUAUCAAUGAAGAAGAAGAAAUGUUUAUCAAUGGAGCAGGAGUUAGCUCAGUUGAUAUCCCGGUGGCUAAUGGCGUCGUUGUCAUCAUUGACAAUGUGCUGAAUCCACAAGCUAGUGUACAACCACCCGCGAAUGAUGCCGAGGAGGGUGUGCCUGCGUUCCCAACCGGGGGUUCAGGUACUAGCGAAGGUAGUGCAUCAACAACAACAACAACAACAGCUGCAGCGGCUGCGGCGACCUUCACUGGGGCGGCAGCACCACUCAAGGCUGGAGCUGCAAGCCUCAUCUCCUUGGUGGCCGCAGCAGCUAUUGCCAUUGUUCUCUGA